CGCGUGACCGCGGGCGCGAGAGACGUCUGUCACCGUGGCGAAAGUACAAGCCGGCCGCGUCCGCGAAUUUAUUUUUCAAAUUUCGAACGAAAUAUUUUUUUUAAUUUCGAAUACUGCGUUUUCCACGUGUAACGCUACAACGUGAAAGACAUUAAAAUCACAAAACUGUGUUUUGAAAACUUCAUGCAACUGAGAAAUAAACGUGAAUUACAAUACAUAUUAUUUAACAAUACGUCGAACUUAUGACAAAAGUGAAUAUAGAGGAGUGAAUUCAAUACAAAUGUAUUGAAAUCAAGUUCUUGUGAACAAUUUAUUAAAACAAAUGUAACCAAUUCAUGAAAGCUGACAGAAAUCUAUUCUAGAAAAGAAAAAGUUUGCGGGAAACGCACGCACGAAAAUUAUUUACGAAACUGACGUCAAAGUGCGAAGCGGUGACCCUGAAAUUGUCGCUGACCCUUUUUGUGGCGUUUAUUUGAAGAUCAAUGUACUCUGGCACAGAGCAAUUAUAAGUACUUAUUUUAUUAAGUUCCCUACAAGAACGACAAGACUACAGACUACCUUAAAUAUUGAAGACGAUUCAAAGUGUUGCAACGGCAUGUUCAGAACUAUUGAGUACCUAGACAAAACAUAGAGAUAGUCACUUGUUUUGCGGCGGAGAUAAAGAGGUCCUGCCAUAUCAUAACAUCAUUGUGAUUGUGGCACAAUUAAGAUCCCACCGCAAAUCCUAGCAAAUACGAGUUUUGUUGACUGAUACAUGCAGUCCAGUCCAUACAAGCACGCUUACGAUUACGACUAUAUAUCGAGAAAAAAAUAAAACUAUCUAACUACAGAGCUUCCCAAGACCGCAGAAAAUUGAGGAGUCGCAGUCAGUAGUGUGUGAUAAAUGCAUGGUGGCGUCAACGUUUACAUUACAAGUACAUCGAGAAAAAAAUAAAGUGGUCCAACGAAACCACUACGAAAACCAUUGAACGUUCCUGCUUCGAUUGCAACCGCCACAAACACCCACACAUUGCCACAAAACAUUGAAGAUUGUCAGUCAGUUGUGUGUGAUAGGUGCACGGUGGCGACAAAACCAUUGAGCCUUCCCGCUUCUUCGAUUCAACCGCCAAACCCAGGACACUUGAUCUGAUUAGUUGUAGUACAGCGCUUCGCAAAGCCACAGGACAUUGAGGAUUGUCAGUCGGUUGCGUGUGAUAGGUGCACGGUGGCGCCAAUGCGGCGGCGGCGUGGCGAUGUCGCCGCCGCGGGCGCUGCUGGCGGGCCUGCUGGUGUGCCAGCUGCUCUCCUACGGCGGCCACCAGGGGCUCACCAAGAUAUUCUACACAUUACCUGACACUGGAAAACCUCCAAUUCUCAUCGCGCUAGCGGACAACGCUAAACUAGACUUGAAAAAUCCCGAGGAGCUAUUGUUCGGGAACGACUCCGAGCAGCACAACGAAACCAAGACCUUCACCAUCGUCGACGGCAGCGAGGUCUUAGAAGAGAAAGAAGUGGAGAAAGAUGCCCCAGAAUCACACCUCGUCGUCAAAGCGAAACCUAUGCACGAAUUGCGGCAAUCAGAAGAUGCAUUUCACACCACACCACGUCCCGAGGAACCCGCAGAAUCUCAAAAGGAAGACAAUGAGGAAAAACCAAACAUUCCAGUCAAGCCAGAAAUCCCCCAAGAGGACAUACCCUCGUUCUCGGAAUGGGCGCAGAAACAGCUCGCAGAGGCGGAAAAGAAAGACACUGUCCUGAACCACUCGAGUCAACCUAGUCAUAGCAGUACUAACUUUAGCAGUAAGAGCACAAAACUGCGGUCGAAAAACUACGCAUCGCCGUCGUGCGCGGCCAAGGUCGUGGCCUGCAACCCCGAGGCUGGCUCUGCCAGCUCAAUCCUGUCCCCCAACCGGGACGAAUACAUGCUCAACACUUGCAAUAGCCGUAUCUGGUUUGUAGUGGAGCUCUGCGAAGCUGUUCAAGCGCAAAAAAUAGAAAUAGCCAACUUCGAGCUAUUCUCGUCUACCCCUAAAGACUUCGCUGUAUACUUCAGUGAUCGUUUUCCAACGCGGGAGUGGGCCAGUGUUGGACAAUUCACGGCCAAAGACUUGAGAGACGUUCAAAGUUUCGAUUUAUAUCCGCAUCUGUUCGGAAAGUUUAUCAAAGUCGAACUGCUGUCGCACCACGGCUCUGAACAUUACUGUCCCAUUUCGCUUUUCAAAGUAUAUGGGACCUCGGAGUUUGAGGUUUUAGAGAAAGAAAGCUCUCAGCAUGCCGCUCACAUCGAUGAUGACGAUGAUGAUGAUGAAACUAUUGACGUUCCCGCUGUUCCAGUAGCAGAAACCGAACCGUCAAAAAACCUAUUUGGUUCCGCGAGAGACGCGGUCAUGUCCAUAAUGAAGAAAGCCGCACAAGCGUUAGUCAAAACAGAAGUUCCUAAAAACGUUUCAAGCGAACACAACGACACGUCAACGGACAAAAUGUACAAAAGGUGUUGCUCCCCCAGCCAUAUAAUAGUGUGUGAUAACUGUAGUGAGUCGCUCUACAAUGAAGUGUACGAACUGGUUAGUUGUAGUUCUGAUAAACUGACUAAUUUAGUGCGUCAAGUGUUCCUCCGCGAGACUCUAAAGUGCACCGGGAUAUGCCAGCCUUUCGGCUUGGACUUUAAAAGUACAAAGACUAUCGAGUUUGCCGAAGAGCGCGUGGCAUAUAUGAACGCAUUGUUUCCUCCUAAGUAUUUAGCCGCGUUGUGUAAUAUUUUAGCUAUUAAAGAGAAAAAAGUAGUUUUAAAUACUAGCUUCGAAUCCGAAUUGAAUGUUACCUCUAAUUUGACCGUUGAUGAAUCGCCGCAGAACGUUAGCAGCGAAACGAAUUCCGAACAGGACGUAAAACUAGUAUCGCUCAACAACGCUUCGUCGGACGAAGCAAACAAAACAGUCGAAUCUGAAGAAAAACCUAUCGUAGUCGAAGAAGCAGUCGAGAAACCAGUGCCAGUCGAAAUACCAAAACAAGAAGAAAGUGUAAACGAGCCGGUAGUCACGGAUGAGAAAAUCGUUCAAGAGAAACCCGAAGAAAAACAAGUAGAAUAUAUUGAAAUCAAAGUCGAAGAAAAAGAUUAUUCCAAAGAAGGUAAAAACAAAAUCGAAGUGACUACCGAAAAACCUAAAGAGGUGAUAAUUCCGGCCGAGGAGGGGGGCGAGGGGAUGGAUGACGCGCUGUCGGACUUCGACCAGAUUGCGGUGGACCCCACGCCGGGCCCCGCCUCGCAGAACCAGCCGCAGGGCACCAUACAGAAGGAAUCUGUGUUCCUGAGGCUAUCUAAUAGAGUCAAGACAUUGGAGCGCAACAUGUCGCUUUCCGGCCAGUACCUCGAAGAGCUGAGCAGGCGAUACAAGAAACAAGUCGAGGAAAUGCAGCGGUCCUUCGAGAAGACCAUGCUCCAGAUGUCAGAGGAGCGCCGGAAGAGCAACGAGAUCGAACAGAAGUACCUAGAACAGAUGACCUACCUCCAAGACCAACUAGCGCAAAUCACCAUCGCCAUGAAAAUCCUUAUGGAAGAAAGGGAAAGCUGGUUCGGUACCAUGACCGUCUUCAAAUUUUUCAUCUACCAAGCAAUCCUUAUCGCGGCCGCAUUAUACUAUUUCAACAAAACACGACCCGAACCUGUCGUCGUACACGUUCCUAGAAAGGUUAAUAAGAAAAAAGAUAAGCUAAGAAGAAAGUCGGUCGAAGGAGUCAGCGGGCACCAGACCCCAUCCGCAAAGAAAAGACGCCCGAGCGAAGAGGCGUUACAAAUAACGAGACAAGCUGUGGAGGAAGCAAAUGAUGAUGAAGCCGGCGAAUGGCAAGUCGCCAGAAAAAACAGAAGACGGAAAACCUCGAUAGUACACAGAGCUUUAGAAGAAUCCAAAGCCCAGUACUGCAGACAAGAUAGCAUGGGCAUGCUUCAAGAGAACCCGAUACCUUUAGACGAGGAGGAAUUCACUGCUCCCGUCUCAGAGCCGGUCAAAUUCAACGACGUCGUCCAACCUCGGCACAAGGUCAACGGGUCAAUAUUUAACAAUCUAAAGAAGACAAGUAAGCGACGGUUAUCGUCGCCCGCUUUCCUAAAAUCCCUGUCCAGACAGAGUAUUAGAAGCACUCCCAGUCCCGUGUUGAGGAACGAGCCUCUGUUCAACGGCGUAGGCAAGGUGUCGGAGUCGCCGACGGGCAGCCUGUGGUCGGAGUCCACGGAGCUGUCCCAGAACGGGCAGGCCGAGGGCGGGAAGAAGAAGAAAAGUUUGAAGAACAUUAUCAAGAAGUUGUUUUGAGACUUUAAUUGCUUAGGCGGCGGGUCGGUUUCAGAUUUGUGAUGAAAAAACUGUCACGGGAAAAUUGAUAGUGUGGAACGGCAUAUGUAAAUUAUACAUAAAUUAAGUUAUAAUAAUCGAUGUUAUUUAUGAAUUAUACACGCGAAAAUUUUGUUUAGGCUUUAUUGUAUCCGCCUACGAUUAUCCAAAAAUUUUAUUUUAUUAGGCAAUUUCUAUAUUAUGAGAAAUAUUGUGUAUUGCUUCUAGGGAAUUGUUAUUAUCGUAAAUGAUUAUCGUUUUAUCAAUGACGUCACAUAAAACUAUGUGGAUGAACAUCACAACUUUGAAACCAAAUCGCGUAAUUAAUUGUAUUUUAAUUGCUACGAAUCAGCUAUUGUAAUUUAUUUCCUCGCGUUGUUUUAAAUUAUUGUUAGACCUCGGUAAGGUGCCAAUGUGAUAAAAUUAGGAGCCUAAUAUACCUUAAG